AUGGCUGCGAUAGGUAGUGGACGGGGGACGAUGGAUUCCCAAAAUCAAGUGCAAAGUGAUACAGUAGAUCGUUUAAAAUUACUUUAUCCUAAUGUGAAUGAAGAUGAGACUCCUCUACCUAGAUCAUGGAGCACAAAAGACAAGUUCAGCUACAUCGGCCUGUCGCAAAAUAAUCUCCGAGUGCAUUACAAAGGUCACGGCAAGACUCACAAGGACGCGGCGAGCGUGCGCGCCACCCACCCCAUACCGGCGGCGUGCGGCCUGUACUACUUCGAGGUGCGCAUCGUGUCCAAGGGCAGGGAUGGCUACAUGGGCAUCGGGCUGUCCGCCCACGGCGUCAACAUGAACCGCUUGCCCGGUUGGGACAAGCACUCGUACGGCUACCACGGCGACGACGGCCACUCGUUCUGCUCCUCUGGCACCGGCCAGCCGUACGGGCCAACCUUCACCACGGGCGACGUCAUCGGCUGCGGCGUCAACCUCGUGGACAACACGUGCUUCUACACGAAGAACGGACACCAUCUCGGCAUCGCGUUCAGGGGACUACCGCCGAAUCUGUACCCGACGGUGGGGCUGCAGACGCCCGGCGAGGUGGUGGAUGCGAACUUCGGCCAGGCGCCGUUCGUGUUCGACGUGGAGGACAUGCUCAGGGAGCUGCGCGCGCGCACGCGGGUGGCCAUAGACGAGUUCCCCCUGCCCGACUCGCAGGGCCAGUGGCAGCAGGUGUUGCACAGGAUGGUAUCUACGUACCUGGUGCACCACGGCUACUGCAGCACAGCGCAGGCCUUCUCCCGCGCGACGGGCCAGCCCAUAGACGAAGACAUAGCGUCCAUUAAGAAUAGACAAAGGAUAUCGAAGCUGGUGCUGGCGGGGCGCAUCGGCGAGGCGGUGGAGGCGACGCGGCGCGCCUACCCCGGCCUGCUGGAGAGGGACUUCGAGCUGCUCUUCCUGCUCAAGUGUCGCCAGUUCGUCGAGAUGGUCAACGGCACCGACUCGGAGGUGUGCGGCGACGCGGAGGAGGGGGGCGAGGGGGGCGAGGGGGGCGAGGGGGCGGCGGGGGCGGCGGGGGGGCGGGGGCGGCGGGGGCCAACGGCGUGGCCACCUCCGUCAUCUCGCACACGGCGCGCGCCAACGGCCAGCCCCACACCAAUGGCGCGAGCGGAGCGGGCGGCGGCGGAGGGGCCAAGGACGGGGACGUGGACAUGGCCGCAGGCUGCAUGGCUAAUUAGGGUCGGUUUCGACGGCGCCACGUCAUUCACCCGUUCGCGGUUCUUCGCGAUCCGAGGCUUGUUCUCGUUUGGUUUCGCUUCAAGCGCUCCGCUCAAAGGGCCCCACUGGACGCCAUCCGGCCGUGCCGAGUGCGCGGUUUCAACUGGCUACAGU